AUGAAGAGAAGCAGUAUAAACAAAAUCAACUACAACGUCAUAAAGAAAACCGAUAAGGUCGGCAUUAUCAGUUUCAUCAUCAAAAAAGAACGACAUAACAAAAAUCAAGGCGUUGUAAACAACAACAACAACCAAAACAACCACAACAACUACAACAACAACCACAACAACCACAACAACAACUACAACAACCACAACAACCACAACAACAACUACAACAACCACAACAACAACCAUUACAACCACAACAACUACAACAACCACAACAACCACAGCAACAACAACAACAAUAGUAGCAAAAACGACAAAAGCAAUAGCAAUAAAAUAAACCACAACUUCAACGAACUCAACGUCGACAACAAAAGCGAAAAAAUAAAACAACAGACUGACGUUUUAACAGUAAAAACAACAUCAACAACAACAUCAACAACAACAUCAACAACAACAUCAACAACAUCAUCAACUCCAAAAGAAAAAGAUCGUAAAGAUAAUUCAAAUGGAGACGGCAAGACGUAUAGCAUCGCACACACAAGCUACAACCCAAAUACACGCACAGCAAACACAACAGACCAACAACCAUCACUUUUCAUACAAAAACAACAACAAAGCAAGCAAUUCGUAGGCAGGUCUCCUCGCCAAGUCUCAAACAACAUCAACAACAACAACAACAACGUCAACAGCAUCAACAACAACAACAACAACAACGUCAACAGCAUCAACAACAACAACAGCCUAUCUGCAGCUGAAAACUAUAUCGUGACAAGAGAUAUGCAUCCUCAUCAUCACCAUCCUCGUCAUCCCCAUCACCCAUCAUCAUCAUCUAGAACAUUUUCUUACAAAACCUGCAUCACAGCGGCCACAGCAAGCGAUUCAUUCACGGUAGCGCUUGGAAGCACCUUUGGAGCAUUCCUGGCAUUAGGUGUCAUUGUAUUUUUUGUUCUUAUUGCCAAGUGGCAGCACAAAAGUCGACGGCAGAGGCUGAAGAAGCGAUGGAUUGCAGGAAACAUCGCAGCCGCAAAUGAAAGUAAAAAUCUUCAGCAGAAAAUGAGUGGAGUUUUAAAACUGGAGAAAGGAGAAUGCGAAGAUGAUGAGAAUAAUUCAAAUGUUCUUGCUGGCGCUGCUGAUGGUCGAGAGGAUGAUAAUGAAGAUGAUGGUGAUGAGGAAAGCGCUGGAGAUGUUGAUAAUGUGAGCGGAGAAAACUGUUCAAACACGUCUGGCAUCAAUCUUCUCGAAGCAGAAAAUAUAGAAUUAAAGAACCUCGGAGCGUUCAGUGAACAAUUCGUCUUGUUGGACGGAUCAAAUGAAAUGGAAGAUGACGAGAACGAGUUGAGUGGGAUGGAAAAGCAAGACCGGGAAGCUGCUGUCUCCGUUUUGAAAAAAAUUCUACAAAACCAAAGCGUGUUUGCUGAAUCAUUUGUUAUAUCCACCCCAUCCAUUAAAGACGGAUGUUCAUCCGAUAAGCAAAGUUAUAACUUGCUGGUACCACUUUCAUCAGCCCAAGAUCUUCUACCCUUUCUUUCGAAAUCUGAUCAAAAAAAUUUUUCAAGUCCCGUCUUAAUGGAAUUUCACGGAAGACCAAGAUUGAGUUCAAAUAUUGCCAACAAACAAACACAAUCAAACGCCACAAAAAUGAGAUUGAAGUUCAAAAAGCAUUUCACCAUUGAUUAUUCAGGUUGCAAAGAAGAUGAUGAUGAUGUUGAAGACACGAACUGCCAAAAGAUGAAUGAAAUAACGAGAAAACAACAUCGCAAUCCUCUCUACCGCUGCAAACGACUGAUGACACCCCAACUUUCAAACAUUCCAACCGCUGGGACCAUCGAUGACGACGACGAUGAGUGCGAGGGUCUUGGGAAUGAAGAUGAAAGAGAAGGAAACGUCGCAAACAAUCGAGAAACUGAAAAUGCAAACACUUCCGUUUUGAACAAGUCUCAAGAAAAUAUUGCACCACCCAAAUUUUCAGAUAGCAUCAUACCUGAUACCACAAAAAAAUUAAUUCUGAACAACCGUUCAAAUUCAAAAUCUAAUUUUCCGAAUAUUCGAAAUAUUAUGCUAGAACCUGACGAGAUAUAUGCAUUGUUGGAAACCGAAGGACACAGUGAAAACAUCACAUUGCCAAGAUCAAGAAGCACAAAAUGGUAA